AAACGUCAAAUGGCCGACUGGGAGAUGUGAGCGUUUGGCAGUGUGCGUACCAUCGCCGCUUACGUUUGCUGGUGUGCUGUGAGAGCGGGUCGUAAAACUUGUUCGAAUGCGAAAAAAGAGGUUGGAUUUCCGUCGGACGCUCGUUCGCUUUCUGCUCGAAGCUUUGAACGCAACCGUGUGUGUCUGCUAGGUGUUUGGCGUGAUUCUGUGCUGAAAUCGACUGAAAAUCUUGUCAAAAGUCAGCUCUAAAGCAAGCGUGUACUGCGUAACGGUCCGUUGGUGCAGAAUAGCUACCAUUCUGGUCGAAAAUCGAGCGAACUGUGGCGGUUUUAAGUGGCAAACCGUAGUGUUCACCCGACGUCUAUCGCACUUCAUCAUCUUCCCUGGCAGACAGCCACGGCUUCUUCACGGUGUAGCAGUUGAACGGUGAUUACUAUCCACACGAGACGAACGUCGGUGGCGGAGCCAUCGAUAAGUAGUGUCCUCCCAGUGUGUUCUCACGCCGAUCCGCGUUGUGAAAUACGGCAGCAUCCUUUUGUGCGACGGUGAAGAAUCUUCCGCUAGCGGGUGCUUCUUCGUGAAGUCGCCGUGUGUGAGAGAGAGAGAGCGAGAAAGAGAAAGCGUAGACACGCGAGAGGGAAAGGGAUCGUCUCGCAGCCGUCAUCAAACAACUAUUGUGUUUCGUACCGUGUUUGACGUUUACCGUGACUGGCAGACCGUUUUUUGGACGUCGGUCGAUUGUUCCGUUGGGUUUUAUGGCCAAGAAAAACUAGCAGCCCGACCGCUUUUUUUCGCCUGACGCGUUGUCCGUGAGCAGCCACAUACUCUAUCGCGUCAUCAUCGCCAGCAGCAGCAGCAGUAGCACUACCACCAUCACCAACAUCAUCAUCAUCAUCAGCAUCGAUCCGUUCGUCCGACUGGCGCAGCGUGUGCGACACAACAGUGCGUGGAAAACAAUAUCAAACGGUGUACGAUCAAAGCAGGCUCGGCUGAAGAUUAGUAAAAAGCUGUUAGUCGGCGCCCCCUUGCAAUAAUCAUAUUGCAGUGUUUCUGCUAAACCAUUCGUGGUUGUGUAUCUGUGCGUGUGUGCGUGUACGAAGUCGUUGGUGUGUGUUGGUGUGCAUACGUGUGUAGUGUGUUUAUGUAUGUAUGCGGAAUUUUCCACCAUUAGCGUCGUGCAAUUUUUUCCAGCAAAACGUACCGCGAUCUCGCAAUAAGGAUCCUGUGGAACGAGUGCGGCUUUGUGCUUAAGUGAAAUUUGUGCACAGGAUUUGCUAACCCUUCCGUCGAGGAACGUCAAAGUGCGAAACGAAACAGCGCGAAAGAGAGGCAGUAUUACCGUCAGCAAGCGUACCACCAUCGCAGAGAAACCCGAACCUUCGAUCGAACCAGACCCGGUUAAUGCGAAACAAUGGCAAUUGUCAAGGAUAGUGCAACAUUCUUCCAGCACGGCAACUCGGCCCAGUUCGACUACGUGCUCAAGCUGUACCCGAAAGCCCUGAAGCUGAAGGCAGAAACGCGAGGCAACGGCAAAAAGGCAGAUAAACUAUUACGCCUCGAAAAGUGGUACCAGAACGAGCUGCCGAAGUUGAUCAAAACUCGUGGCCGCGAUGCUCACCUGCUGCAUGAAGAGCUGGUACAGACGAUGGAGUGGAAGCAGACGCGCGGCAAGUUCUACCCGCAGCUGUCCUAUCUCAUCAAAAUCAACACACCCCGGGCGGUGGUGAUGGAGACGAAGAAAGCUUUCCGGAAGUUGCCGAACCUGGAGCAGGCACUGAAUGCUCUCUCGAACCUGAAGGGUGUGGGAAUUACGAUGGCAUCGGCUUUGCUGGCUGCUGCUGCGCCGGAAAGCGCGCCCUUCAUGGCUGACGAAUGUCUGAUGGCAAUUCCGGAUAUUGAGGGCAUCGAUUAUACGACUAAAGAGUAUCUAAAGUUUGUCACACACAUCCAGCAGACAAUGGAGCGACUAAACCUGGAAGAGGAAAGCAAUGGCGCUGCAGAAGAAUCAGCGGGCGAAAAGAAGGACAGUGCCACUAAUGGCGGUGGCGGAGGUGGUAGCACAGCGGAGGCUGUAGCGGCCGACGGGGAAGGUAGUGAAAGCGCUGCCAAGGAGCCGGCAGGCAAGGAAGCCAAGGGUGAUGCGACCGAAAAUGGUGCGUCGGACAAGACGGGUCCGAAGCCGAAGAAGUGGUCAGCACAUUCGGUCGAGCUGGCACUAUGGACGCACUACGUCGUGUCAGAUUUACAGCCGGAGCUGCUUGGCGGCAUGCCGGGAAAUGGCAAUGGCGUUGCGGCUGAUGCUGAGGGCGACGCAGCUCAGAACGGAAUCUCAAAGGAAGAGGGUGGGGAAGAUGAGGAUGAUGACGAGGUUGCCGAUGAGGAGGAGGUAGAUGGGGACAAUGGCAUCGUCGAGGAUGAGGGUAAUACGAACGACGAAAACUCUCGCACCGCUAUGGUGGAAUCGUCGGAAUCGGAAAGCAACGAAGCGGCGGCUGCCGGAGGCGUCGUGUCCAACGGCAAAAGUACGCCGGGCUCGAGUGGCUCUGCUCAGGAGGACGAAGAAAAGCUCCACGAUGCUGAGGAUACGUCCAAGGAUGCCACUGACAAUAGCAGCACGGCCGAGGCAGCAGCGGUCACGAUGACCGAAUUAACGAACAAUGGUACCUCGGUAACGGAACAGGUGCAGACAACCGCCGCCGCCAACACACAAGUGACACCUCUCGUCAACGACUGCACGAAAGCAACCGGUGAAAGCUUAGGCGAUUCAGCAGUUGCUGGAAAGGACGCGUUGAGCACGACCAGCCCCGUCGCGGACAGUACCGAACCGGACACGCCGAUCUCCACCGACAGCAGCAGUAAUGGCAGCAACAAACGUCCUCUCUGCUGCGACGAUAAUGGCGAAGACACGCCAGAACUUAGCGCUCCGAAGCUGAUAAAACUGUAGAGUGAAACGAAAGUCAAGAGAGCGACACAGGACGUAGAUGUGUUCGUGGGGGCAUGGGAGAGAGAGCGGGUUUAAAAUGGGGGUGCAAAUGGUGAGCCAUUGUGCUUGACCGGGGAUGUGGAGAGGAAUAUGAGGUGUAAUGCGUAGGAUAGUAUAGUUUUUAGAACAGUACAACAACAAUCAUUACGGUCACUAAAAGAGGGGAUAUAUCCAAGACGAGACUACAGUAAACGGAAAACAACACGACACGACAGCGAUAAAAUGCCUGUGCAUCCUAACGUAGAGUGGCGAACCGACUUUUAUUUGUACAACACCAAUAAUAUCUAAGAAGGGACGUAAAGAACAUACGUGCGCGGGUUUUUUUUAAUUGGAAGAGAAAAACGAAACACAUAAUGUGCGUGUGAGUGAUCGUAAGUAGGAGUUGAUCGAUUUUUUUUUCACAGUGAGAAUUUAACAAUCUUAUUAAUGGUCGCGAGCAUUAUCGUAGCUCGAUCUAACGUUUGACGACCUCUUAAAAAGUGCUGCAGCAUCCCAACAAGACGCAUGUUGACAUUUCUUUCGAAGGGUAUGGCUUAGUUGUAUUUUUUGCACAAGCCGGAAUCGUUUUAAAAUAUAUUUCCCAAUGUUACGAUUGGUUUUGGCAAGAUUGUUUGUAUUAAUCUUGUCGGGCAUAGUAACGAAAUUUUACAUGAAACAGUUGACAAUUAAGGCCCAAAAAAACCUAAUCCAAGUUGAAGUAGUUUCUGUGUCCUAGUCGAUCUCACUACAGCUGCACAUCGUCGAGUUUGUUAGCGCAUUGCUUAACGUAAUGGCACGACGCACUCUGUGCAUUAUUAUGCGAUAAAAAUGUUCCCUUCGUUCACCACGCAAUACAGACCAAUUAUUCCCAAAUCAGCCGAACGUUUGAAGAAACGGAAUGGAUUUUUAUUUUACCUGUCCGUAGUUUCACUUUAUACGUUAGUGUAAGUGAAAAAAAAUGCAUGUUUAUCUCAUAGUAGGUACGAUCUAAGUUUUUGUUCAUUUUACUGUAUUUAUAUACCUUAGGAUAACCGUAUCCAACAUGAGCCGUCAGCUAGAAGUGCACGAAUUUGUGUAAUGAAAUGCUUUUGAGGACGUUAUUCGAGAGGCAAUACGAAACACACUUCUUUAGAGGUUUGUCUCUUGAGGAUUUUACGUACACUCUCAUGGUGACCAUUUUAACACGGUCAAUAGUUUUUUUGGUUAUUGCUUUUAAUUAUUCGAUCAUUAGGUUUCACUAUAGGGCAAUAGAGACAAAAAUAAAACACUGCAAAUUUAGACCGGGCGUACAUACACACAUCUGACAGUCUACAAAAGCAAAGUAUUUGCUGAAUAAAUUGAAUCCGACUGUUUACUUUGAAUUUCAUCUUCGGUGAACGUUCGUUUUUCAUAAAUGUAUGAAACACGCUUUUGAAUGUUUUAAAUACUCGAUUGCAUUCAUCCUUUAAAUUUGUUUCUUCUUCUUAUUUGGCGCAACAACCUUAGUCGGUCUAGGCAUCACUAAGCCUCUUGGCCAGCUUGGCUAUUUGUGGCUUGUUGGUGUAUUUAUAGCAGAUUAGUCAGUCCUGCGUAUUUGGGGGCUUGGUCGAUACGGGGCUUGAACCCAUGACGAGCAUGUUGUUAACAGUACCACAGGGCCGUUUACAUUGAUUAUUCCCCGCAUUUUUACAUUUUUUUUUUCAAUUAACCGGUGGUAGCCCUGGUUGACUGAUGUGUCAGCUCCUACAAGGUUGGACUGUUACGGUUGCGUGGUACAAAUAAGUUAAGUAAGCCUGUUUAGGCCGGUAUGAGCCCGCAGGUCGUUACGGCAUGAAUGAUCGUUUCGGUGCAGCAUGUUUCUUUUCACACUGCUGAUCAUUAAAAACUUUGAAUGAUUGAUUGCGUUUAACGAUUGUGUUUCAAUCCAGCAAACAGUUUAGGCAAAAAUCAAACACUGUAGAAUAUACACAUGUCUGUACACCCCUUGCAUACAAAAAUCAAAUGACUGAGAUUUAUAUAGAAAUACAUGGAGCAAAACCUGGAGUUGGGUAGAGCUGAUGAACACACACACAGGACACUGUAAAAAUGCUGGCAAUGAAUGAGUAUGGUAUGAAAGUGUUAUGUGAGUGCCUGUGCAUUAAUCUUUUUCUACACCAGUACGAGUGAAUGAAAGCAUGAAAGUAGGAAAAAACACGUGCAUGUGAUUUGGAAGCAGCUUUGGAUGGCUUUUUCAGUUACUGAUAGAAAUAGUGAAUGAUAGGAUAUAAUGAAGUUUGCAUCCAAUUACCAAGGAAAGAGCAUUUUCGGAUAAAUUCAAGCAAGCAAGCAAGUAAGAAAUGAGAAACAAAUGUAGAGCCAAACACACAAUACAGAAACACGACAGAAACACGCCCGAAUGUAGAAACUGAAACGACGCAACAAAAUAAAUAAAACUUAACAUCCCGAAAGGAAGGUUACUUGUACACGGGUGCAGCAUUUCAUCCAACUGCGCAGUGCGUCUCGAAAAUGGUGGAACGAAAACGGAGAAGGUGUAAAAAUACUACAAUACAAGUGACUUAUUAGAAGAAUAAGUGACAAUCUGCUGCGGUGUUUAUAAUUACUCUCAUUUCCUUGAAAUUGUAUUUGGGCAAUCCAAGGAAAUGCUCAACAAAACCGCCCCAGGUCAGACAGUUUGCUCUGCAAACAUUACCAUAAAGCGCCGAAAACAAAUAAAAAUCCGUAAACCUCAUGACCUCAUGACCUUCUGAUCGUGUGAAGAUCAAUUUACAUUGCGACCGGAGAACGUUCCACUAUUGCUUUCUUCCGACGCCAUCUGGUGGAAUUCGGAAUUGGAUACUUUGCUGACCGUGGAAUGAAAAGAAGGGACAUACUUAUCACUCUUGGUUUUAUUGAACAUUGACGACCCUGAGGAUAUAGACGAGACCUGGUAGUAUAGAGGAACAAAACGCGGAAACCUGUAACAAAACCUGAUUUGUUUUGUGAAGGUAGUAUUAUUUUCUAUAAAACUGAUGAUUAAAAUACAAUUUUUACUGUACGUACGUCCCGAUACUACUGAUGGAAUGAGUAAAACACAGGGGCAUUUGCAUUUGCAAUGCCUGUGUAUGGUCGCAAACUAUUUGAUUGUUGUCGGGUUUACUAGAAAAAGCUGAGUAUACAGCGUGGACAUCUAACCAUCAUAUGCAAGCAUCAAUAAGACUCAUUAAAACUGACUAAGAAUAGUGUUAAACGAAAGGUGAAUUGUGCACGCCGAGCAGCAGCAGCAAGUGACUAAACAAAAAAAAUGAAUGAAUGGUGCGCACACCAUGUGGUGAUGGAAAUGUAAGAGAAAAUUGGGGCAAAAAAUGAAACAAACUAGCGUAAAGUACAUAUACCUGCACACAAACAAACUAACUCAUCUUAUACCGUAACUUCGUACAGCAUAAAAAUGAUGAUUCAAAUGGAAUAGAGACACGAUAGAUGAGUCACUGCAAAUUGUUAGUGGAGUAGAGAGAAGUUAAAAUUAUUAGUAUGUGGUAAGACAAGCAAGAACGAUCUGGUGGGGAAAUGCGAAACCGUAUAGCAGGAAGGAACGGCGUGAAUGAGUCGUGUGUGAGUGUGGCAAUGAGUGAAUCGGAAACAGUUCUGAAAGAAUGGAUGAAUGAGUGUGCUGGAAGACAGUUAAGGAACGGUGGCAAAAGGCUAACAAAACAUUUUUAAUUAUUAUAUGAAUGCAUUAAACGGAAAUAGAAGAAGGAAAACAUACAACACACAAACGAGAGGGAGAGAGAGAGAGAGAGAGAGAGAGAGAGAGAGAGAGAGGAGAGAGAGAGAGAGAGAGAGAGAGAGAGAGAGAGAAACAGCGCGGAAACAAACAUUUGAACAUAAUUUGGUGAAACAAAAAACAAAAACCCGAACCCAGAAAGGCGAAUGUUAGCGAAUAGUUUAUAGCGAAAGUGUCGAUGGAGAGGAAAACAAUAUUUACGAAUUAAAUGUAACGAUCACAUGAUACGAUGCUAAAACAUAAACAGGACACAAGACCGUAAUAUUUAAGGAUAAGGUAAUAUUAAAAAAGGAAGAAAACCACAAGUUGAAAACGGUAUCAUACAUUAAUUUUAAAGCAAACAAACGCCUGCACCCGUAAAAGUUGAACAAUUUAUACCUAUACAAGUACAGUGCUGCGGCGGUGACCGUUUUGGGGGUGGUUGGAAAGUUGGCGAAGUUGGCGAAAAGAUAAUUUAUCCUUCUACACUACCGACACUGAUAAUAACAUGCAACAACAACAACAAAGCGGCGAAAA